CUAGAAUAAAAUAGCGGAACAUUAUUCUUUUCCUGUUCGUAGAAGCCAAAACCAUGAAGAUAUUGACCGCCGUUCUUAUAGCCACAGUCGGUCUGCUCUUGGAAGGCGAGGCCUUUACUGGCAAUCCAACGUUUGGCAGUCGAAGAGCUCUACGAUCUGUCGGUGUCAAGCAACAGUCGGGUCCGACCGAUGCCAAUACCAAUACCAAUUCGCUACACGCUUAUCGUUGUCAACCGCUCCCACCCAAGGAGUCGAAUACUUCUCGCAAACCGCUUUCGCUGGUUCUUCCCACAGCUUCGCUCUCGAUCUCUCUCGUUUUUCUGGCAGUCUUUGCUCCGUUUGCAACUCCGGCGGUCGCUUCCGAUUACGGAUCCUUCACGCCGGAACAAAAGGUGGUGGCCGAAGCCUGGCGACUAGUAGACAACAGCUUCCUCGAUCGGACCUUCAACGGACAAGAUUGGUUCCAAUUGCGCCAAAAGUACGUCAAACAAAAGUACAAGAACAUGGCGGAAGCACGGGACGCCAUUGACACCAUGGUUGGGUCGCUGGGAGACAGGUAUACGCGCUAUUUGUCACCAGCGAAGUAUCAAUCACUGGUAGAUUCCGCGACAGGAACCCUAGCUGGCGUGGGUGUAGAGAUUUCAACCAACAAGGCCGGAAAAAUUAUGGCCUCCGAUGUCGAAGACAACAGUCCCGCCAAAAACUCCGGCAUACAACCGAACGACGUCUUUCUGGAAGUGGACGGCAUUCAGUUCGAUGGCAAGGCCACACCGGACGAUGUCGCGCUCCGAUUGCGCGGACCGGAAGGCAGUCGGGUAGGAGUGGUCAUGGAGCGAGACGGCAAGACGAUCGAUUUUAUUCUCACGCGUGAACGCAUCACCGUGACGUCCGUCAAAUCCUAUCUUUCCAACGUGCCGAGUGUUGGCAAAGUGGGGGUGAUUCGCAUCAAGAGCUUUUCCGGAACGACAGCCGCGACAGUGGCGGAACAGUUCAAAGAUUUGAAAAAAAAGGGCGCACAGUCGGUCGUGAUUGACGUGCGCGGAAACCCGGGUGGUCUCUUACCAGGUGGAGUGGAUACGGCGGCGCUCUUCCUGGAAGCCAACAAGCCCGUUGUCUUUGUCGUCAACAAGCAGGGUGUGGUGGAUGCACAAGCUACGCUAGCUGACGGGAUUGAUGUGGACACACCUUUGGUGAUACUGGUGGAUUCCGGUACGGCUUCGGCAGCCGAAGUCUUUACCGCGGCUUUACAAGAAAACAAACGGGCCGUAGUGGCGGGAGAAACAAGCUUUGGUAAAGGGAUUGUUCAGACCAUUCGCGCUUUGUCCGAUAACAAUGGUGGAUUAGCCAUCACGGUCGCUCGUUACGAAACACCCGAACACCACGACAUUAACAAGCGGGGUAUUCUGGCCGAUGUUGCAACCUCUGUGGAUUGUGCGAAAGCGGAUGCCACUAGUUGCCUCCAAGCUUCCAUAUUCAAACAAUAG